ACUGUUUCCCGAUGUGUACACCCAGUUGAGUAGUCUUUUAGCUGUAGUCACACGUUCUCUUGUAGUCAGUAGUCACCCUUACACAAACUCGCUGUAGUCACAUUGUCAUCGCCCGGUCAUCAUGAGACGGUCCUCUGUAUUCGUUAACAAGUGCGCCGUUGAUCCGGACCGCAACUCCGUUGACUCCCUCAACAUCCCGGAGCGGGAUCGGAAAUCUCAAUCGCUCGAUCGGAAAUCUUCAGGCUCCGGACUGGACUUCAAACGGACAUUUUCCCUAACCCUGAAGAAGCCUAACCGGGAUCACGACCACACCAAGAGACCGUUACCUCCACUACCACCCAGUUUAAGUGGAGCGUCCCCCUCUGGAUCGGUGUGCAGUUUGAACGUUGGUUCGACCCCUAGUCACCAGUGUUGUUCUAAUAACGGAACCUUGGGGUCUGGGGUCCAACAUCGCAGAACUAAAUCUGACAGGAUAUGCAUGGCCACGGUAGCAACAGCCAACGACCGGUCCACCACUCUGCCAACCACCAAGAUGGAACCUACAGACAAGAAGAUAAUAUCUUCCAACUCAGUCGACAGGUCAGCUAGAUCCGGUUCCAUAAACAACAAAGAGAACAAAGUAAAGUACAAUGUGGACGGCUACCUGCUCCCAAUGUCCCCUAAAGUUGCCAUCAAGGCAUACGGUCACGUGUUAACGGACUUUGAGGAGAGUGAAAUUGUCAGCUAUCCCCAGGUCUGGUACGUCGGUCAGACCGCCAAGAAGGUCAUCGGAAAACCAGGAGCACCCAACAACAACGGAUACGAUGAAGAUAAUGGAAAUUAUAUCAAAACUCUGAACGAUCAUUUAGUGUACAGAUAUCAGAUUUUAGACGUUAUUGGUAAAGGGUCUUUUGGUCAGGUAGUUAAAGCAUACGAUCACAAGAAUGGUACAAUGGUAGCGAUAAAGAUAAUCAGAAACAAGAAGAGGUUUCAUCAUCAGGCCCUGGUCGAAGUUAAGCUCUUAGACUUACUCAGGCGCAAGGAUAAGGAAAACAAGUACAACCUUGUUCACAUGGGGGAAUAUUUCUACUUUAGAAAUCAUCUCUGUAUUACAUUCGAGUUACUCUGGAUUAACUUGUACGAGCUUCUUAAAAGGAAUAACUUCCAGGGUUUCAGUAAUAAUCUGAUCAGAAAGUUCGCCUACUCAAUGUUACUGUGUCUGCGUAUGCUUCACCGGGAGAAAAUCAUACAUUGCGACUUCAAACCGGAGAACAUAUUGUUAAGAGAACGGGGAAGGAGUGCAAUCAAAGUGGUUGACUUUGGGUCAAGUUGUUACGAACAUCAGCGUCUCUACACAUAUAUUCAGAGCAGGUUCUACCGAUCACCAGAAGUGAUUCUAGGACUACCCUACACCACAGCAAUUGACAUGUGGUCCUUCGGGUGCAUAUUAGCAGAACUUCAGACUGGAUAUCCUCUGUUUCCGGGCGAGAAUGAAACAGAUCAGCUGAGCUGCAUCAUGGAGGUUCUGGGCAUGCCGCCCAAUAAUAUGAUAGACGAGGCUAAACGGAAGCGAAUCUUCUUCGAUAGUAAAGGUAACUACUGCCCAAAGCUGCAAACAUCUAAGAGGAAACGGAGGAUAGGCAGCAAGGACCUGCAUGCCAAACUCCAUACGGACGACCCUCAGUUUAUAGACUUUUUAAAGAAAUGUCUGGAAUGGGAUCCCGCAGUGAGGUGGACCCCUGAUGAGGCUCUCAGACACCCGUGGUUAAAACCUAUAGUCCCUCGCACGUUACAGACUAUUUCUCCAAACACUUCAGAAUCCUUACCCGCUGUCACACCUUCACAGAUUGUCAAGAAAAAAGAAGACAAGCAGACUGAUGACAACAAGAGAACUUCAGAAAGCUUCCUCCCAAAACUCUCGUGAUCCCGGAUGAAGCUGAACAGCUGCCACCGACUGUAGGCUAAUAAUAUCACGUGACCUGGUAUCACUCGCCCACGUGCACUGGUAUCACGCGCGCUCACGUGAUUUCAUCACCCGCUAAGUGCUCACGUGACGUCAUCACGAGUUGGUUUCCCUCGCUUACCAUGGUUUGUAAAGUCGAGAUGGAGACUUGGCAGGGAAUUUAAGACUUGAGACACGAGUGAAGUGGUUUUAGCAUAUUACUAUUAUGUUUACAGUAUUGACUAUUGUACAGUAAUGUAAACAGUCUUUAAUUAUAUUGUACACUAUUUUUGUAUAACUUCUGCACUAUUACUUAGAAAUACUGAUGGCGAUAGGAAGUCGUUAGGACGGAAUAUGAUCCGGCAUUAAUAAUUGAUUAGUAACUAAUUAGUAAUUACUAGUAAUAGUCAAUAAGUUAAUUAGUAAUCCGGAAGAUUUUUGGACAGUAUCCGGAAGUUUUUACUCUUUUAGCGAGAUGAAUUUAAAUAAGUUGUAUCUGUUUAUAAGGGGCUUUAUCGAAUAUAUAUUAUUCUGAACCAGAGAAAGAUUUAUUGUCUUACUUUAUAUGUGUUUAAAGUGUUAUUUGAUGAGUUAUACUUGUGGCAUGUCGAGUGUGUGAGUUGUUUUUAUCGGUGAUUUAAGUAGUCUCGGGUAAUUAAUUAAUUAAUGAACUGAUUAGUUAAGUAGUCUCGGGUAGAAUUUGAUUUUUCUUUAUUUGACAGUGUAAUCGGAUUUUUACUGAACAUGCGUGAAUACUGAAUACAGGCUAGCAAGUUGCAAUGCAAGUUAUGACCUUUGACACUAGAUUAAAUUGGGAUAUUUGAUAAAGAUAUGAUUGUAUUGAUUGAUCGGUUCGGGUUUUCAUAUUGAUCAGUUUAUAUGGUUCAAAUGGAGCUCAAUUUAAAACAAUCAUCUGCAUCUAUUUUAUGAUAAUUUUGCGCAUGCAAGUUGUCGAGUCACAAACAAUAUUUUCAAGGCCCCUACCAUAUAAAUUUUAGAUUUAAUAUUGUAAAAUAUUGAUAACUCUUAAUUCGGUAAUUUCUAUAUUUAUUAUUUGUAAAGGUGCAAGUCCGUUGCCCUACACACAUGCACCCUUAACAAAUAACAUUUGUUAUUCUCACGGCGCAAAAAGUGAUUUUGCGAGGUUACUCAAGGUUGCUUAUAACAAUGAUUCAUGAAAUGCGACAUGGUAGUUGAUAUAUAUUUGGUUGCAUUUGAAAUAAUUAAGUGAAAUAUGAGGGAACUCGGGGUUUUUCGUCUUUUAAAGUUAUAACGAUGGUACGUUACGAUUUGCAGUUAUGUUUUUCGCCAUAUUUAUUUCUAAUUUGAAUCUAUUUAAAACGAAUUCACAAUCCGUAAAUUACGUUAUUAUCAAUUAUGCUACAAAAAUGUUACUUCUUGUUUUGAAAACUUGUUUAAAAAUGCGAUCCGUUUCCGAAGACUGGAGACUUCGUGUAUAAAUUCAAUAUUUAACAUUGUAAGUAGUGUACUAUAAAGCAAUAUUUUAUUAUUUUGAAA